CCACCGAGCAGUGAGGAGGUGAAGUCUGGCGGUCUGUACGACGUGGGCUGUGUGUGCGUGGUGAUGAUUGGCGACGCUGUGCGAGUCUUCUAGUCAAAACUUAUCCAAUAAAAACUUGCGACUUGAAACACACAUUAUAUUUUCAUCAGCUGAGGGAAACUUUUGGAUUUAUUAAAAAAAAAAGUGUAAUACUAACUGAAGAAUUUCCACCAUAUAAUACGAAAGUUGUUAUCGCGAGGAUAUCUUUCCGCGAUGCAGAUUACGUAUAAAUAACGUAUCUGUGGGCGAACUGGACUGGUGAGGGUGGCCAACAAUUAAAUGAUAAUCGGAGAGUGUAGUUAUGGGUGUGUGUGACCUAUAAACAGUGAUCGCCAGGUAUAAGAGUCCCAGUGUUAGAGGCAGUUGGCCAAGCUAGUGAGCGAAAGGCAGCAACAGGGAGGAAAUCUUCAAGUGACAGCCACCGACACCACGACACUAUGUUUCAGUGGUGAGAGCUGUCAGUGGCCUAGUCAGCCUGCCUGGAGUAGGCUCCGGCUGUGCUGGGACCACGCCAGUCACAGUUGUGCGGAUGCGGCUGCUGUGUGUAGCAGCGGCGGCGUGUGUGGCGGCGGCGGCGUGUGUGGCCGCUGCCCCACCAGGUUCCUGCCCCCGUAUGUGCUUCUGUCCCCUUGACCUGCGAGGCCGUCGCCAGGUGAUUUGCAAUACAGGAGGGCUUGUGGACCCCCUUCCUGUGCUAGACAUGCCCUCUGACGCCGAGGUGCUGGAGAUUGGCUCACCACCAGGUCGCCCCAACACCAUCACUCUCGGCCCCAUUUUUAAAGAACAUCGCCGUCUAGAGAUGCUGAGCGUGACGGGCUCAGGUGUGCCCGCGUUAGGGGCCCACUCUUUCUGGGGACUCAGGCGCCUCCAUACCCUCAACGUCUCUCACAACGCCAUCACCGCCAUUAUCGACACUAAUUUCCGGGGUGCCGACAACCUACAUACGCUGGACUUGAGUCACAACCAGGUGGAGUCGGUGCCGUCUGCAGUGUUUCGCCACAUACGGAAUCUUCGCUACCUCAGUCUGGCAAACAAUCGCCUACCUGAGAUGGUGCCCAGGCUGCUGUACGGCCUCUCUCUCCUGGAGACUCUCGACAUCAGUCACAAUGCCUUGGGCAUAUUGCCACAUGACCGCUUCAUUGAUUCUCCUAAUUUACGAGAGGUGAGGUGCUCUGCGUGUGGCCUCCAGACUGUCUCAGCUAAACUUCUAGAGGCACUUCCGGAGCUGCGCUUGUUGGACCUUCGACAAAACAGGUUAACGGAGGUGCCGCCGGUGGCGGCGUCGAGACACUUAUCGACGCUGCACCUCGAUGAAAAUCACGUGUCCACGUUGGUGACAAACGGCUUGUCUGGCCCACCAUUGGCCACCCUCACGCUGGCCAAUAAUCGACUAGCCUCAAUGAAUCCCCUGGCCAUGGCCAAUUCUUCUCUCAAACAUUUAGAUCUGGCAUACAACCGGCUGACGAGACUCCGAUCUGACGCCCUGAGCGAUGGUUUCACCAGGCUGAGACACCUACGACUUACCGGCAACCCCAUGCGUGUAGAUAAGCUGGUUCAUGUAAUCCCUCGUACCAGGCAGUUGCGACACCUGGAGCUAGCAGAGAUGGGCAUAACCCAGCUCCCGGGUGACCUGCUCCGCCAGUCACGGCAUCUGAAAAGCCUCAAUAUGUCCGGGAACUACCUGUCAGAGUUCCCGGUGUCUGCAUUGUUCGCUACUCCCCACCUCACUAUCCUCGACCUCUCUCACAAUAAUUUCCGCGGGCUGGAACGAGACUUGGUCACUGCCUUUACUACCAUGGCUUCACUGGAGAAAGUAUGGAUGCAGGGAAAUCCAUGGCAAUGCCAGCGGUGCCAUGUGGCCCCCAUGCUUGACUGGUUGAAGGAUCCCCAUGCCUCCCGCCAUCCUCACGCAGAGUCUGUGUGUCGCAUUAUGCCCAUGUCGCCGAGGUGCCUCAGGUGUUCGGGGCCGCCGGAGCUGGCUGGUAAGGAACUGCAGCUACUGGACAAGGCCCACGUGCCCGAGUGUGUCGAUGAUGCCCCAGCGUGGCCAGCUUGGUUAGGAGAUAAACAGAGCGACGAACGACGACCACCCCGUGACCAUCUCAGCACAGACUCUAGUAAAGACAUGACUGAGAGCCUCGAUAUAUUCUUCGGCGACCACAUGGCACUUAUUGUGGGCGUAGGUUGCGGUCUGGUGCUGGCGCUGCUGCUGGUGAUCGUCGCUGCUCUCCUGUUGGCACGAAGACAUUCGGCUUUAUAUUAUACGAACGAACCCGCAGACCAAGAUUCCUCCCAGAAGCUGAUGAGCCGGAACAACAAUGAUAACAGCCCACCAGGCCCUAGAAGUCCCCCCCGCGCCUCUACGCCGUACACUCCUCGUAGCGGAGCCUCAAUCGCCACUAUUGAGGAGGUUGACAGCAUCGCAGGGUCUACUAUUGACCUACAAGUCGGUAAAGAGCUGAGAGCCCCGAGGAUCGUGCGGCUGGCAGCGUCUCCCCUACCUUAAAGUGACCAGAACCUGGGUCCUUGGAACACACCGUCGAGGGUUCCUAAGAGGGGAUUCUGAUUAGGGUCUCUUAUAAAGAGGAUGUCUCUGAAAAGGGUACUUGAGUGGAGUCCCUAAGAGAGGGGCAUCCAAGGCAUGGGAGGAGUGUGAAGGGCAAGCUGGCAAGACAGGCUGCGACACCAACCGCAACGUUGCAACACAACCCUCCCGCCUCACCAGUGUAUUGUGUCACCCCCUUGGCCUUGCGUCCCUUACUGUCACCAUUUUGGCCUUAUCUGAUGUUGUCACCAGUCUCAGUUCUCCUGCAGCGCUGAUACCAUCUAGAUCUUGCAUACACUGUUCAACCAGUGUUGCCAGAAUGACCCCUCCACCUCAUCUGCAAGUAAACAAUAAACAUACUGGUCCCCAAAUCUGUCAAGUGUGAAAAUAACAAACUUAUGCCCGUGAAUAUUUUGUGCCUUGAUACUGAGCAUCUCACUCACUCGAUAUUGAAAUUGUUAAGAAUAAACGGUUUGAGGUUCAGCAAGUACAAGUUAACGUGUAUCAGCUUAUGGAAAAAAAGCGAAACAGAUGUCACGCUGUACGUGUGUUAUAGUAGUGUGGCCAAGACUCCAGCUCACACCAGUGUGUUUGGUGAUGACGCCCGUCGCCCUGGACGCUGUGGGUUGCAACAGGACCCCACUGGUCAUGUGACAGCUUAAGUUCCACACCUUGACACUGUUGACACACUCCUCUAAAUACAGCCCUGCUCAAAUAGCUCCCCGCCCCAAGUUCCAAUAGGCCCCAAAUUCUAAUGGGCCCCAGUCCUAAAGGGCCUUAAUCUUUUCAGUUACGUUAAGUUGAGGUCUAUCAGAACAGGGGCCCAUUCAACCAGGUUCGAAUCUCGAUAAAGGACUAGCUUAAUCGCACAUCUCUAACUUUAUUUGGCAUCUGGUUCUCUAUAUAAAUAUUUUUCGCUUUAUUUUUUCUGUACAUGUUUAGGAUACCUUUGUCCUCAAGUUCAUGGUUUAUGUUAAAGUAGUUAAAUGUCAGAUAAUGAAAUAUUUUCUUAAUGUAUUUUAUGGAGCCUUCCGGGUGUCUGACUCACUUAAUGAUGACUUACACGACCAUAAUAUGCUUUAUAUAAAUAAUAAUUACUUGUCUUUAAUAUGUAUCACACGAUAAGUGAUUAAAUAGAAUCCAGUCAUAAUAGAUCCCAAUCUUAAUCCUAAUCCCUAACCCUAAGGAAACGUCACAACUAUUGGGUUCAGAUAUUAAUGAUUAAGCUGGAUUCUAUUAAGAGCUGAAACCCAUUUGGCCUGAAAUCAACCAAAAUUAACAAAAAUACAUAGAAUUCUAAGUGAGUUUAUUAUUAAUAAACUCGAUAAAACAUUCAGCAGUAAUGAAAUCGUCGAAUGGUUAAAUGAUAGGCUUUAAUUAGGGUUGUAAAAAAAAGAAAAAGAAAUUAGUCUUAAGAAAACAAUUAAAUAACACAUUUUCUUUACUAUAUAGAAAGUCUGAUCUACACCAGGGGAGGAGGAGAGGGAGAGGGACUGGCCAACUGCUUGUAUGGUAAAAAAAAUCAAAGCAAGAUAAACACAGACGAGAGACAACAUUCAUAAACAUUAAACUAUCUUGUGUUCAUAAAAAAAUACACACACACACACACCCCCAAUAUGUCAUUCUUUAAGUAGCUCACAAAUAUACUCUUGUAUAUUGAUUUUGGUGAAAAGUAAAUAUGCUUGACCCUCCUGAGCUACUGAUAAUGGUACAGUAUUUGUAUUUAACUGAGGCAUAUUAUCGAUGGAGAAUAUGCUCUUCAGAUGCUAAUAAUCUACUGGUCAAAACACAUCCCAUUUAAGAAUCUUACAAUACCUUCCUCAGCGCCUUCAGUAGUCACAUACAACUCUCUCAAGAUUCCCGCCACUUGCCACCAAUUGUAGUUUUCCAAUUUUCUGUCAAUAUUUGCUUACCGAUCAUUAUAAAGAACGUACACACCGGAUAAUUGAUUGUAUUUGAAAUGUCUUAAGAUGUUACUAGGAUUAAUUUACAGUUAGAGAGAUCAUAAAUCAAUAUGUAAAUGAGCGACAACAUGACUUUAACUUCACAAGGAGAAACGGGGAAAACAAAAGCAAUACAACAGAUAAAUAUAACACUGAUUUUUUUUUAUCUCUGUUAGACGCUUCUGGAAUAUGAAGUCACACAGACAGAAACAAACACAUACACUUUAUAUGGUUGUUGUAGCAUGGUAAUGUAAGGUGCAGGCGAGUGUAUAGGUUUACUGGUGUAGUCAUGAUAACACUUUGUUCCGAUAAGGUUAAACUACUGUACUGUGUCCUCCUGUGUGGGGACAAAUAACACAACUUAACCUUAACAGCUGAAUUAAUGGCUAACUUAAGGGACCUUUAUCUUAAUAAGUAAAUAAAAUAGAGAUAAGAUAAGAAUCACAAGAAGAUUUAAGGUAGAUAACAUUUGUUUACUUGUACAUAUAUAUUUUUUUCAUGAAUUUGCAUUUCGUCAAGGGUACCAAAGUGAAACAGACGAGGUGGAAGGACAUACUGUUUAUAAGGUCUUGUAAUCCUGUCGUUCUUAUCCACCAUACUGUAAGCGUUAAUUUGUUCCAAAAUAUGAAGAGUUAACUAAAUUGUAAAUCAGUGUUGGUUGCUAAAUACAAACUUAUAUGUAUGAUGUAUUGUCUGGUUAAGGAACAACUUUGAAUACUCGUCUGUUUGUUUCCAAGUAAUGAGAGACAGCUUGCUGGAUGUAAACAAACUAUGCCUGUUGAUGGUUGGAACCCGCCAACAUGGGCCAACACCUCCUCCACGGACGGGAACUGUUGCCUUAGUAGUGUGUACCUCUGAACUUUGUCAAUUUUUUAUUCUACACAUUAUUAACCCCUUCGGUGCCAUUAUCACACUUUAUCGUUUUUUUUCUGACUACCACAGACAAUUGUAUUCAACAGCUUAAAGGUUAAAACAAAAAUUAACCAGAUGUAACGUGGAAAUAUUUUUUUUUUUCAUUUAGAGAGUUAGCUUUGGAAAACCUACAGCGGUUUCAAUUGUAACAUUAUCAAAAGUUUUCAUUUCAGUUACUGGAUAUGACGUAAAGUCCAAACAAAACAUUUAGAAAAAAAAAUUAAAUAUCUUAAAAAUUUGGAAAACUUUUGAUGAAAUGUUCACUCGCAUAUCCAAGAGCAUGUAACACCACCACGACUCUCCUUGAUGUACGUGUUAAAAAUCUGUCUUUAAACAUUUAGCACCAUGGAGUCGUCUUUGUUGUGCCCUAACGUAAUGACAAGUUCCAUGAACCCAAUCUGUGAUACUAAACCGUGUAAGGGAAUAACACUUGUAUUUUCUGGUAUUGUGAAAAUAUACUUAAAAUUGUAUUAUAA